GCGCCUGCGAGUGUUGGGGGUUGGCAGAGACCUGAUGAACGGCAUGCAAAGGUGUAACUUUCGAGCGUACCCGCCCGCUUUUUUUGACCUCACGUGAUCAUCUGUCCUAGAUCCUUGCGGAAGGACAUAAAGUUAUGGACAUGGGUUGCCCAUCCCCGUCCCGUGUUUAGCUUUCUGUUUGCAUGAGAUAGACUUCUUGUUUUUAGGAAUGAACUUCGGAGCAGCGGGACGCUCGUCGUGGAGGAGCGCGAGGAACGCCCGCGUGCAACUGUUGGAUGUCAACAUCCGGCGCUGCGGCUCUAAUCAGACCACCCAGCAGGAUAAAGCCGCUAAGCGAUCACCUUUGAGACCAGAGCCCAGCUCCACACAUGACUGGAUCGGUCCACCGAACCCGCUGUCCAACCUGCGUCCGAUCAUCUACCGCAUCCCUGAGGAGGAGUCCGAGCUGGAGAAGAGGCUGAGAAACCUGAGGCAGGACACCGAGGACUGGAACCACAAGUUCUGGACCAAGCAGAACCUCAACUUCAGCAAGGAAAAAGAAGCGUUCAUAGUUUCCCAGCUGUCGGUGAAAGGCCUGACUCUGCGUGAUGCUGACGGAAGAAGGCGGAGUCUGAGCAGCGAGGAGAUGGCUGUGUUUUACAAAAGCUUCCUGGACAAAAACAGAAUACGACAUGCAAAUUAUAACAAAGAAUGGUACAGACGUAACUUCACCAUCACCUUGCUCAUGGCUCGAGUUGUCCUCAGCAGCACGUGGAGAACUUUCACGGAGAGAUGGAACAGCAAGAAGAGCGGCUCUCCAACGCUCUAACCAUACAUCCAAAUAAACCCCCAGCUCUGGAUGGCUUUUGUCUGUUGCUUCUUUGAUUUGUGCUGUUGUUAAAGGAAUUAAAUACUUUAAGUACAAUA